CUGGGUUUGCACAGCUGGAUGGGUGGGCCUUUGGGAUGUUGAUAGACAAGAGAGCUGAGUUGUCAGAUCACUGGCAUUUAUGGUGAUUUUGUCAUGUCACACACUGCCAUGUCAUCUAGUCCAAAACAACAGCAAUCUGGGCAUAUUGAGCAGACAGAACUGGAAGGACUUCUGAAUAAUUAAAACAAAAAAUAAAAAAGGUGCUGCAGACAGAAUAGAGAUCAUAUUUGAAGAUGCCUGUUCCCCCUCCGCCCCCACCUCCUCCCCCUCCCACAUUUGCAGUGGCAAAUAUAGAGAAACCUGCAUUAUCAAAAAAUGAGCAGUCAGGUCGAAAUGCACUCCUUAGUGACAUUAACAAAGGCAGAAAACUCAAGAAGGCUGUUACCAAUGACCGUAGUGGUCCAGUUAUAGAUCAGCCAAAAUCAUCUGGAGGAGGUGGUGGCGGUGGCGGUGGCGGCGGAGGCAUGGGAGGAGGGGGCGGUGGAGGAGGUGGAUUUAGUGGACCUGCUGGUUUAGGGGGCUUGUUUCAAGGAGGAAUGCCAAAACUCCGAUCUGCAGGAAGCAGAGAAAAUGAGUCCUUGGGAAGCAGGCCUCCACUGCUACCCCCAGGUGGAAGAACAUCAACUCCCAGACCCCCUGUUCCCACAGGCGGACCUUCAAGGGGACCUCCACUUCCAAUGGGUCUAAGGAGUAGUGCUCCAGAAACUCCAAGAAACCGGAUGCCUCCUCCACCAAGAAAUGAUUUUGGAUCUAGAUCAGAGAAUGCACCUCCUUCACUCCCAAAUGCUCCUAGACCAACUGCUUCAAGUCUGUACAACAGAGGUCCACCACCAGUUCCAACAGGAAACAGACAGAUGAGUCCAGUAUCUGGCCCAUCUGUUCCAUCUCCUCCAAUUUCAAACAGAGUUCAAGGAUUUGGAGGAAACAGACAGAUGUCAGUAAUGCCCCCGUCUUUUCCUUCCAUGAACAAGCCACCACUUCCUCAGACUCCUAGUCCAUCAGUUGAUGACCGACCUCCACCUCCUCCAAUGGGAAAUAGACCUUCUCUUAGCAGAGAUGCCCCUCCGCCUCCACCACCUCAAAAUAAUAAGCCACCGGUUCCUGGAACACCAAGACCAAUGUCAUCUUCACAAGGCCCACCUCUGCCUCCAGGAAGACCAGGACCUCCUCCUCCACUUCCUGCUACUCCUAGUGGAAUGGAUGAUAUGCCAAGCCUUCCUAGGCGUAAUGUAUCAUUAGGUGGACCUCCUCCGCCUUCUUUACCUCCUUCAAGGUCUGGUCCUCCACCUCCCCCACCUCCAAAUGAGAGGCCUCCUCCUCCUGUACGAGAUCCACCUGGACGAUCAGGGCCACUUCCACCACCCCCUCCUGGAAGUAGAAAUGGUAUGAGUUCAAGAGGUUCUCCAGGGCCACCACCUCCUUCAAGGGGAGGUCUAGAGAGUCCAAGAAGUGGACCUCGUCCACCACCUCCUCCAGAAAGACCAGGCUUAGGAGCCUUGCCUCCACCUCCCUCAUCUAUGAGAAAUGGUUUUCAAGACUCCUCUUUUGAAGAUGAAUGGGAGCGAAGAUUUUCAUUUCAUCCAUUGUCAGAUCUGCCACCUCCAGAACCCUUCAUGCCAAUUAAUAAAACGUACCCCAGCAAAAUCAUGAGAGGGGAAAGCCGAAGUGGCUCAACCAGAAAAGAAAGAGGAGCUCCCCCUUUGCCUCCGAUCCCAAGGUGAAACUGGUUUUCCACUGCCGUAUAUCCUGCAGAACAGCGGCCAGGAGUAAUUCGAUAUUGCUUAUUUGUUGAGUGAUUGAUAUCCUGUUGAAAAGUUACUGUGAAGUAACUGUCACAUGGCAUUGUAAAAGUAUUCUGAAUGCAAACAAUCGCAAGAGAAUAGUGCAUUAUGUCAUAAAAUGAUGGAACUUUUUCUUUGAUGUUUCUAGCCUUCACAUUGAUUUUAUGUACAUGCGAAUCUGUGUUGGAAACCAGAAAACAUUUUUUUUUUUAAAAGCAAAAUUAAACCCCAAUAACCCCCUUAGGCUAUUUAUGGGUCAUUCACAUUCAUUACACAGGGAAUAUGAAUGUCACCAGAUUUUAAUUUGAUUGCAGUUCAUAAUUAUUGGUGGUUGAACCUUUGCUUUUAAUUUAAUUUUCACAUGGUGUAAAAAAAUGAAGGUAACCGCAUACGCAGAUUAUGGCACCCUUAUAUGGCUACACCUUUUCCUUAAAACUAUCCUGCGAGAAAAUAUCCUUGCUACGAUGUGUUGUAGUUGCUAUUCAAUUUUUGGGUACAUCGAGAGCCGAGAUGUCUUUUACGAUUAAAUGACGUGUUAUUUAUAAUAUUAAUAGGAUAGCUAUUACAAUCUGUGACUCCAUUAACUCUUCUUUCUUCCUUAGAAGCCUUCUUCGGAAUUAAAACAAGUCGCAAAGUUCUAUAGUCUGUCCAAUUCUGCAGUUAAGUGGUAGAGCAAGGGGCACAUAUUAGCUUAAUAAAAUAGCAGGAAAUAUUAAAAUUAACAUCUUGUGUUGCUGUGCCAUGAAACAGUGCCCACAUUCACAACGGGGUGACACGAUCUCGCUGAGAUCUGAUCUAGAAAACGUUAGCUGUAUUGCACUAUUAAAAUAAGUAAUCUGUCAUUUCAAUACAUCCUUCAAUAUGUCUACCGUCAGAAAUGUUAUAUAGUUUGUAAAAACUGGCAUCUCUACUUUUUUUUUAUUUUUA